CUCUCUCAAAUACACACGCAAAACACACACACACACACACACACACACACACAAUUCGAUUCAAGAUGAAGAUGUCUAAUGUGGCAGUAGCAGUAAUGUGUGCAAUGCUGGUAGUGUUCUUGUGUGGAAACCAUCAGGUGUCAAUGGCAGCAGUGACUUGUAACCCACUGGCGCUGAGCGCAUGUGCUAGUGCAAUCACAACCUCAAGCCCUCCUUCGGCUCAAUGUUGUAGUAAACUCAAGGAACAGAGGCCUUGCCUCUGCCAAUAUGUGAAGGACCCUAACUUGCAGAAGGUUAUAAACUCACCAAACGCCAAGAAGGUGGCCAAUAUUUGUGGCUCCCCAUUUCCCACUUGUUAAGUCUAUUAAGUUAAUUAUUAUAUAAUUGGUCUUAAUUAUUGGUUUGCUAUAUCGCGGCAUUUUGGCGUGUGGUCUAGUUGCCAUUUUUAGUCUUGUUAUGGUCAUUAUAUAUGGCUUGUAUGUCAUACUUUUGAGUCAUUUGAGUGGAGCUCAGUGUAAUAUUUAUUAUGAGUCUUUUUGUGUAAUUCCACUUGGAAAUAGUAUCUAUGCAUCACUAAAGUUAAAUUCAUCAAAACUUUAAAUCCU